AAGACGGAAUUACCUGGCAAAUGAAUACGCUCUGCACCGUCGGAGCCUUCAAGAAAUCACAAGUCGGACAUCAUGAAGUUAAUGCGGAUCGCGGAGGCCGAUCACUUGAUUAGGAUGGCAUCGGAAUUAUGGGCUACUAAAUUAUGAAGGACUCCGGUUUCAGCCCCUCCUCCUUCUCUCCUUACUGCUAGGACUAUCGCCAUAUCCAUUACAAGAACUGCUGCUUACAGUCUGAUUUGAACCACUUCAAAAAAAAAAAAAGAGCCCAGCAGCUGCUCUGCCCGCACACACAUGGUGCAUUGUUGUCAUUCUCAAGCUUGUAUCCCCAUAUUUCACCCUUUCAGUAACCUUCAGCGAAUGCAGGGUCAACCUCUGGGAUAAAAAUAAAGAGCUGUCUCUUUUAUGCUGAACAACUAACUGAAACUUUUUUUGUUGUCGCUGCUGCUGCUGCUUUGACUUUUGGUCCUAGUAUACAGUACUUUGCAUUAUGGAACCCAAUAUGGAGUACUGCUUGGCACAAGUGAUGCAGAAAGAUGUGGGGCGGAGGCUGCAAGUGGGCCAGGAGUUGAUAGACUACUUCUCAGACCGACAGAAGUCGUCAGAUUUGGAACAUGAUCAGACUAUGUUGGAUAGGUUGGUCGAUGGCCUUGCCACCUCUUGGGUUAACUCCAGCAACUUUAAGGUGGCCUUGUUAGGUAUGGACAUUUUAUCUGCCUUAAUCUCUAGACUGCAGGAUCGCUUUAGGACUCAGAUUGGCACAGUCCUCCCUAGUUUAAUAGACCGUUUAGGAGAUGCAAAGGAUCAAGUCCGUGACCAGGAUCAAACUCUGCUGCUGAAAAUCAUGGACCAAGCUGCUACACCCCAGUAUGUCUGGGAUCGAAUGCUAGGAGGAUUCAAGCAUAAGAAUAACCGAACUCGAGAAGGUGUUUGUCUUUGCCUUAUUGCCACACUAAAUGCAUAUGGAGCUCAAGGUCUAACUCUAAGCAAAAUUGUGCCACAUAUAUGUAAUUUAUUAGGUGAUCCAACUAGUCAGGUUCGAGAUGGAGCAAUGAAUUGUCUUGUGGAAAUAUACAGACAUGUGGGGGAACGAGUGCGAGCAGACCUUAGUAAAAAGGGAUUGCCUCAGUCCAGGUUGAAUGUAAUUUUUGCUAAAUUUGACGAGGUCCAAAAAUCUGGGAACAUGAUACUGUCAUCAGCCUCUGAUAAAACGUUUGAUGAUGAAGACUCCAUUGAUGGGAACAGGCCGUCAUCUUCCAGCUCUUCAUCCUCGAAAGCGCCCCCUAGUGGAAGGAAAACGGGCAGCGCUGGAACGACACGCCGCCCGGGGUCUUCAGUUGGCACCAAGUCAGGAGGAAAAGAAGGAGCUGCUGCCGGCGCAGUCGACGAAGAGGACUUCAUUAAGGCCUUUGACGACGUGCCAGCGGUGCAGAUCUACUCGUACAGGGAGCUCGAGGACUCCAUGAACAAGAUCAGAGAAAUCCUGUCAGACGACAAGCACGACUGGGAGCAGAGAGUCCUGGCGCUGAAGAAAGUGCGCUCUCUGCUGAUUGCUGGUGCGGCAGAUUAUGAAGGCUUCUUACAACAACUGCGACUUUUAGAUGGGGCUUUUAAAUUGUCCGCUAAAGACCUCCGGUCACAAGUAGUUCGGGAAGCCUGCAUCACUCUAGGGCACCUUUCAUCAGUUUUAGGGAACAGAUUUGACCAUGGUGCGGAAACAAUCAUGCCAACUCUCCUUAAUCUUGUCCCAAAUAGUGCCAAAGUCAUGGCCACGUCUGGCAUUGCUGCUAUACGGUUGAUUAUACGUCGCACACAUUAUCCCCGACUAAUCCCAAUAAUGACCAGUAAUUGCACUUCAAAGUCAGUGGCUGUUAGAAGGCGCUGCUAUGAAUUUUUAGAUUUACUUCUGCAAGAAUGGCAGACGCACUCAUUGGAGAGGCACUUGUCUGUUCUGACCGAAACGAUCAAGAAGGGCAUCCAUGAUGCGGAUUCUGAAGCCAGAUCUGUAGCCAGAAAAUGUUACUGGGGCUUUCAUGGCCAUUUUAGUCGAGAGGCUGAACAACUUUUCCAUUCUUUGGAAUCUUCAUACCAGAAGGCCUUACAGUCACAUUUAAAAAAUUCAGACAGCAUCGUGUCCCUGCCACAAUCGGACCGAUCUUCGUCCAGCUCACAGGAAAGCCUCAACCGUCCAUUGUCUACAAAGAGAAGUCCAACUGGAAGCAGUGUGUCCAGAACAUCUUCAGUCAGUUCCAAGUCGGUGACAACUCCAGGGUCCCUCCAGCGGUCCCGAAGUGACAUUGACGUCAAUGCAGCAGCAAGUGCCAAGUCAAGAAUGACGGCGGUUCCCACGGCGACUCCCUUCAGCUCUGCGGCUGCCUUGCCUCCGGGCUCGUACGCGUCUCUAGAUGGUACUUCCGCUAAAUCAGAGGGACGAGUGCGCACCAGAAGACAAAGCUCGGGCAGCACUGUGGGGGUCAGCACAACUCCGGCUGACAACCGGGGCCGCAGUCGAGCCAAAGUGGUGUCCCAGUCUCAACGAUCCAGAUCUGCUAAUCCUGCCGGUGCUGGCAGCCGCUCCAGUUCCCCUGGCAAAUUGCUGGCCCAGAAUUACUGGAAGCCUCAGAGGGUGCCAGUGACAGCAGCGUCUACCACCGAGAAAAGAAGCAAAAUCCCUCGCAGCCAAGGGUGCAGCAGGGAGACGAGUCCCAACAGACUUGGCCUAGCAAGGAGCAGCCGUAUCCCCCGGCCCAGCAUGAGUCAGGGGUGCAGCCGCGAUACGAGCCGUGAGAGCAGUCGAGAUACAAGCCCUGCGAGGGGCUUCGCUCCACUGGCCUCCCGACGCCACUCCAGGUCCACCAGCGCUCUCUCGUCGGCCGAUUCUCUCGGCCCGUCAGAUCGAUUUGGUCUUUCACACCAAACCAGGAUGUCUGCUUCUGUGAACGCCAUGAGGGUGCUAAACACCAGCACAGAGGUGGAGGCGGCAGUGGCGGAUGCACUGCUUUUAGGAGACUCCAGGAAUAAGAGAAAGCCUGUCCGGAGACGAUAUGAAUCACCGGGCAUCUAUUCAGAUGAUGACGCAAACAGCGACGCGUCUAGCGCUUGUUCAGAGAGAUCUUGUGGGUCUCGAAAUGGGGGGAUACCUCAUUACCUGCGGCAGACUGAAGACGUAGCUGAGGUCCUAAAUCACUGUGCCAGCUCCAACUGGUCGGAGAGGAAGGAAGGCCUCCUAGGCUUACAGAACCUCCUUAAAAGCCAGCGGAUAUUAAGCCGCGUGGAGCUAAAACGGCUUUGUGAGAUCUUCACUCGAAUGUUUGCCGAUCCUCACAGCAAGAGAGUGUUCAGCAUGUUCUUGGAGACGCUGGUCGACUUCGUCACGAUCCACAAGGACGACUUGCAAGACUGGCUCUUUGUCUUACUGACUCAGCUCCUGAAAAAGAUGGGGGCCGAUUUGCUAGGCUCAGUUCAAGCGAAGGUUCAAAAGGCACUGGACGUCACCAGGGAUUCCUUCCCAUUCGACCAGCAGUUUAACAUUCUGAUGAGAUUCAUCGUGGACCAGACGCAGACCCCAAACCUAAAGGUUAAAGUGGCAAUCUUGAAGUACAUCGAGUCUCUUGCUAAGCAGAUGGACCCUGCUGACUUUGUCAACUCCAGUGAAACACGGCUGGCUGUUUCCCGAAUCAUAACUUGGACAACCGAACCAAAGAGCUCAGACGUGAGAAAGUGCGCCCCAGACGGAGUGUCCACCCUCCACAACUGGGUGGCCGACGAGUUGCCAGCCCGGCCCAGUACCGUCCCCUCACUGCCCGGCGAAGGAAACCUGGAGGAAAGGUGCAAGCAGGCGGCCCAGGUAGUCCUGAUUUCUCUGUUUGAGCUGAACACUCCCGAGUUCACCAUGCUCCUGGGUGCCUUGCCAAAAACGUUUCAGGAUGGGGCCACCAAACUUCUGCACAAUCAUCUCAAAAACUCUAGCAACAGUGUGGGCUCACCCAGCAAUACCCUCGGACGGACCCCUUCCCGACAUGCCCCCAGCAGGACUAGCCCCUUGACUUCUCCCACCAACUGUUCCCAUGGGGGGCUGUCACCAAGUCGCUUUUGGGGUUGGAGUGCUGAUGGGCUGUCAAAGCACCCGCCCCCCCCUCCUCAGACUCACUCCAUCCCCGCCCCGCCCUGCCACAAGGCCUUGAGGCGCUCUUACUCUCCCAGCAUGCUUGACUAUGACACGGAGAACAUGAACUCUGACGAGAUCUACAGCUCGCUGCGCGGCGUGACAGAAGCCAUCCAGAGUUUCAGCUACCGCAGCCAGGAGGAUCUCAACGAGCCGAUUCGGCGGGACGGCAAGAAAGACGACGGCGUGGGCAGGGAAGGCAUAAUCGCUUCCCCCAUGGCAGACAUUCGCGUCGGCCUGGACACGGUGGAAGGUGGUAGGACGGCCCUGGACAACAAGACGUCUCUUCUGAACACUCCGGCGCCGCGCGCCUUCUCCGGACCCCGACCUCGGGAGUACAACCCUUACAACUACACCGACACAAUCAACGCCUACGACAAGACUGCCCUGAAGGAGGCCGUGUUUGACGACGACGUGGAGCAGUUUCGUGACGUCCCCAUAGAUCACUCAGACCUGGUGGCGGACCUCCUGAAGGAACUGUCCAAUCACAACGAGCGAGUGGAGGAGAGGAAAGCCGCCCUGUUGGAGCUCCUGAAGAUUACACGGGAGGACAACCUGGCCGUCUGGGACGAGCACUUCAAGACCAUUCUGUUGUUACUGCUGGAGACACUGGGAGACAAGGAUCAUUCCAUCAGAGCGCUGGCCUUGAGGGUCCUUAAAGAAAUUCUGAGGAAUCAGCCAGCAAGAUUUAAAAACUAUGCAGAACUCACAAUCAUGAAGACCCUGGAAGCGCAUAAGGAUUCUCACAAGGAGGUCGUGAGGGCCGCAGAAGAGGCUGCUUCCACCCUGGCCAGCUCCAUUCACCCUGAGCAGUGCAUCAAAGUGUUGUGUCCCAUCAUCCAGACAGCAGACUACCCCAUUAACUUGGCUGCCAUUAAAAUGCAAACAAAGGUCAUUGAACGCAUUUCAAAGGAGUCGCUGCACCAGCUCCUCCCGGAUAUCAUCCCUGGAUUGUUGCAGGGCUAUGACAAUACGGAGAGCAGCGUUCGAAAGGCCAGCGUGUUUUGCUUGGUGGCCAUCUAUUCAGUAAUUGGAGAAGAGCUCAAGCCUCACCUUGCACAACUUACGGGAAGCAAGAUGAAACUUUUAAACUUGUACAUCAAGCGCGCCCAGACGACCAACAGCAACAGCAGCUCCUCGUCAGACGUCUCCACCCACAGUUAGCGCAGAGGGGAAUUCUGGGACUGAAUCAAAGCUGUGCCUCGAGCGGGACCUUUAUGCUCCGGUGUUCACAUCUGCACAGCUGAAGUAGUUAGAGGCGUACAUUUCAUGAAAUCAGUGUUCUUCUGUCUUGUUUUCCCUUUAUUUUGAAAUCCCAUUCUUUUCAGGGGUGUUGAAUGUACGACAGGCCUACGUGACGUCUUUUUAUUUUUGAUUAUUUUCUUCUGUUAGUGUUAACCUGCUCAGACUGAACGUUUUGUCGCUGCGUCUCUUCCCAUGGAUUGUUUCCCCGAGGUAGCUUGUUGCCCGAAUGAGAAGAACAAAAUAUUAACAGUUUGGCAAAGGAAUUUGCUGAUCCGCGCAUCCUUGCAGUUUAUCCGCGUAGACCGUUUAGCGAUGCCUUAACACGAAUCAAAGAUGUCAUUUUGUUCUGUUUUUGUUUUUUCUGCUGAGUUUGUGUCUUAGAAGUCAGCAAAUCUUUUAAAAAAAAAAAAAGCAAAUCAACCAACAAACGUGAAGUGCAUCAUUCCCAGUAAGGCUGAUGGGAACAGAGCUGCAUAUUGAAUUGUAUCAUAUCUGUGGAGAAAAACAGCCGCGAAUGUGGAAACUUUUCUAAGGUCGAUUGUCGCCGUUUUCUUACCGACUCCUCGUCGACUCUGCUCUGCUUUACACUGUAAGAUCAUUUGGCUGGCCCAGUGAUGACGUUUUUGGAUAAUUCAACAGAGCGAAAAAACCGCUCACGUGAUGACGUUUGGAUACAAUAACCUAACCAAAAAAAAAAUGAAAAAACAGGACGCGUUUUACUGAUUGUUCGGUAAUUUUCAUUUUCUUCAUUUGGUUGUAAAUUGGUUUCAUUGCUUCGUGUUCUUUUAGUGUUUCUGUAAAUUAAGGCUACUUAUUUUCUUUUGGUUUUUUUUGUGUGUGUGCGUGUUUGGUUCAGAGUAUUUUAAAUUCCUGUGUUUUUUAUUAGAGUUUUUAAUAUAGAACAAGAAAAGCUUUUAGACUGAAAUGCUUAAGGAGUUCUGAGGAGGUCCGAAACUGGAAAAUAGCACGGUAGAUCAGGUGGACGCGGAACCGUAAAAAAACGGCGGAGUAAAAUUCGGGUUGAAUUCAGUCUCCCGUUUUCUAAAGUAUUGUUAAAGAGCAAAAUAAAGAAACGAAAAGACGAGACGACCCUCAAUAGGCCUUGGAAUGGAUUUAUCUCGCUGACAAUCUUGAACGAAACGGGAGAGAAAAAGAGUCCAAAGUUCUCGAAUCAAACGUACGUAUGGAGGCGGUCUAAAGAUGGCAGAGACUGCGCUCGUCGCGGCUGGGAUGAAGAGCGCGACCGGCCGGCGGGACCCUUCAGGUCUGACGAGGUGCAGUCCGAAGUGUGGCGCGCUUUUCGUUUUUUUGUUGUUUGUCUGAUAUAUUUUUUUUUUUUCUUUCAUUUUCCUUUAAUGUUGUACAGUUUAAUUUAUGGCAUUUUCCGCGUUUCUAGUGGGGGGGGGCAUUUUGAGUUCUUUAGCUCGUAUUUAAACUGACACUGAACAAUGUGACGUGGGUGGCUGUUGAGGCUUUUUGGACCCCCUCGUCUGAACUCUACAAUGUGAACAUUUUAGUGGGACACGGAGGCGUUCCAUGGCCAAGUAAUCCACGGUUUAAGCGCCGCUUUGUUUAUUUGCGUUUUCCUCUCCUCUCCUGCGAUCGCGCGUACUGUAAGUCGAUGCACUGUCUCCUCAUCCUCUCCCUCCCGACUCCCACGAUCAGUGAGAAUGGCGCUUCUCCAGAUCCCUUCGACCCGCGGCACAAACGUUGAACUGAAUGUUUUGCCGAUUCUUUACGUUUCCAUCUAAAAUACGCCGACUGUUAAAAGAAGGAACAAAUAAACACACACGACGACAACAAAACUCAAGAGCGAUGGACGGUAAGAGACUCGCUGCCAGAGAGAUGAUCCUUUCCCCAAUUCUUUGUUACGCUUUCUGCAAACUCACGUCGCCCGACUGUGUCUCGGCCCCAACUCGUGUCUUUCGAUUUUCCGGAAAAGAGGUGAGGGUUGGAGUUUGCGUUGGGCGGCCGUCUGUAGGAAGAGAGAAAGGGAACGCAAGCGCGUGGGGACAGGCGUCAAAUGGAGGCCUUUUGACAAAUCCGGUAACGGAGCAGAUAAACGCUGAACGAGACUGCAGUUCUUCUUCCCUCGGACCUCGGGACUGCGGACUCAUUAAUCGCCGAUGUUAGGACGUUGGGAUCAUCCGUGCCGGGGGGAGGGUUAUCCUAUCAAAUGGAAUUUCUCUUUCAUGACGGUAUUGGCUGCUAAUUCAUUUUUCUUUCACUUUUAUUCACCACUCACAAUCAGCUCUGCAGUGUCGACAACAGCAAACUGGUCUCUUCCGGCUCGCCGAGACCGUUUCUCGUUUUUUCCGUACGUUGGCAGAAGCCCUGCAUGUUUGCGUGUCGUCUGCCGUGCCGUGGCUGAUUCUCGUAUCCUCAGUUAAAGGGGUCCUCUAAUCGAUGGCGCAGCUUCUUCUUCUUCUUCUUCUUCUUUUACUGCUGCCUGAAAAGAAAACCACGGAAUAGUCGUCCACCUGGAGCGCGGCGUCUCGCUCGCCGCUCGUUCUCGACGUCCUUUUGGUUUUGUGUCUCCUUCGACCACUUUUACCGGUAACUGAUUGGAGAAGACCCUCCCUGACUGCUCUCACAGCAGCUCUCAUUUAGUGCAGGCAUGCGGCUUUCGAGGGGGGCACCGUGUGUCGGUCGCUCGCCUCGACUACAAACGACAAAACCUUUUUAUAAGAAAAGAAACAAACAACUGCUGAUGUAAUUUGCAUUUUUGUCACAAAUGAAAAGAUCUUCCGAUUGCGAAGAGUUGACUUCAUCGGCUCUCGGGGAUCUCAAGUUGUGUUUUACUGUCACUCUGAUUGGUGGCCUUUGGCUCCGCCCUCCUUAGCACAGUGUCCACCGCGCAUGGGAUCUUUGGUUUGCUUUUGUCAUGUAAUAUUCAUAUCUUCUGUAUUUAUCUACUCCUUUUGGGUUCUUUUGUGUGUCUUAAGACGACUGUACAGUUUUGUUUUGUUUUUAUUUUUUUUUUGUUAAAAAUCCACAAGUGAUAGAAUUUACUAAAAAUAUAAAGUUCAGUUUGCUCUAGGAAUAAACCCAACUUCAAAAUA